CGCUUAUUUUAACCUCAUCAAAAGAGCUGUACGAGGGUCAGUAUUUUCCCUCUACCACUUCCGUCUACGACCCUGGUUAUAUUUCCGAUUCAUUUCACGCCCGGACUUCGUAGGAGAAAGGCAGGUUUAAUUUCAGUUUCGUUUUGACAGAUUCGAUUCUCAAAAUGAAGAGAAAGACCACACGAGGGCACCUUGUAGCAAUUUUUCUUCUCGUAUUCCUGCCACUGAUUCGAGGCCAGGGCACCGACCUGACUGUCGUACCCGGCGAAAGCGGUACGGACGUGGUGGAUGCCACUAUGGCGAAGGUGAACCGACUGGCAGAGGUCAACCCUUACCUCCAGACAGACAACCGCUUCCUGCGGCGCAUCGCGUGGGUGGAAACCGCGGACGGCACGGCAGCCCACACUUUUUCCGACCCGAACUACCACGGGGGAAUCUGGCGAGUGGACAGCGCCGUCUUUGACGUCACUAAGCGGAUGGUAAACGAGCUGGCCUACCACACUGUAUUUGAUGACAUUGAGAGGCUUUUUUGCAUCCGCUGGAGUCAAGCCUCCUGGGAGGACUGUCGUAAACCGUUGUAUUCGGCUCUGGCUGCGCGGUUGUUCUUUCACAACCAAAAUUACAUCAUCCCACUGGCUUUGGAGGUUCAAGCUGAGGAAUGGUACCAGAAGUACCACGCCCAACCAACUGACAUGGCAGAGAACUUUAUUCUCAAAGUCACUGCACUUGAACAGACUGGAUGCGAUAGCCGCGGGUUGGAUCUUGUUUUCGUUUUGGAUGGAUCUGGGAGUGUUGGCAGCGUGGACUUCAACACAACCAAGAAUUUCGUGUUGGCAAUGGUCGACUUCUUCGACAUCGGGCCCGAUAAGACCCGCGUGGGCGUUAUUCAAUAUUCCAGUUCACCGCAAAUUGAGUUCCAUCUGAAAAGCUUUACAGACAAAGCCCUCCUGAAAGAAGCGGUUAUAAACAUCAGGUACAAGGACGGUGGAACAAACACUGGUGAAGCCUUGGAUGAAAUGAGCGACACGAGUUUCCUGCCUGAAAAUGGAGCCCGCCCUCCGGGUCGGGGGUUCCCCCGCGUUGCUGUGGUCGUGACAGAUGGCCAGUCGCAUGACAGCGUCACCGGGCCAGCGGAGAGGGCUCGGCAGAAGGGCAUCGUGAUCUUCGCCAUCGGGGUGACGUCAUCUGUGAACAGAUUUGAACUGAAUGCCAUUGCCAACAAACCCAACGACACCUACGUGUACCACGUCAGCGACUUUGACGCCAUUGUCAACAUCGCUGCCGCUCUGGAAUACACCACUUGUAAUCAGGCCACCCAGGUCCAGAAUCAAACAGUGACCGGUACCAUCGAUCGCAACGAAAUUCAAAACUUCCAGUUGCCGAUCACCGAGAACGGCGUGACCUUGAGCGUGAACGCCACGCGCGGGAACGCUGUGGUGUAUGUGUCCACCACCACGCCCAACCCCAACGAGGCUUUCCACGACUUCCGCUUGGAGGCAGUGGCUGGAAAGGGGUUGGUAACAAUUGUGAUCACUCCGGAGGACUUGACCAAGACGUGCACACCCGAGUUCAGGCGCAAGCGCAGACAGGCGGACAGCCAGGAUGACGCCAAUGAGGGGUCCGUCAUCGGAAUUGCGUACAUCACGAUCGAAGGAGAGCAGGAAACCAACGACUUCAUGUUGACGGUGUCGGAGGGCGACGUCACUGACCCAUCCACGACCGAAGCACCCACCACGACGGAAGUGGUCCCCACCACAGUGGAGACCGUCUCCACCAAGCCUUAUUCAACCAACGGCAGCAACCUUGUGGCUGCAGCUACGACUUGUGUCUUCCUGUGCAUUCUCUUUGGGGCUCAGCUGGCAAAAACCUUCCUGUAUUAAAAUUUCGGAUUGCCUGCACGUGGUUCCUGACUUGUUGAGAACUAUAAACAUGCAUGUAUACUUUCUCAUGUAUUCCCUUUAACCCUAAAAGAGCUGGCUUUUCUGUGACCGUCUGGCAAACCCCCACCCCCCAAAAAAAUCAGUUUGAUAUAGAAAGUCGAUGUUAUGUCAUUCAAUAGCUUAACAUAUGUACCCCCCCGCCUGUAUCGAAUAUGUAAGUGGAGGGUAUGGAUUUUUGACUAGCCUUUUUCGACAAAAAUGGGCGGUUUGCAAGAAUAGCAACUCGAAUUUAAGAAAAGCACCCAAGCUCUUUGACUGCAAGAUGUUAAUAAAUACAAAAAAAAUCACCCAGGUCCGAUAGGGACAGAAAAUUGCAUGGCGUGACUUAUUCGUAAAGUUAAUAGACCAAUUAAUUUCUUCGAUAAAAUUGUUAAAACAAAAAUGUUUCUGUUCAAAAUAACAAACAGACACUCAGAUCAAAUAUGCAUUUCUAGUCCCCUGUCCUCAGGCAGGAAUCACGCUCUUUAAAAUCGCACUCAGCAGUCUGUUAUGUCACAGGUCAAGCUAAUUUGUGUUACUGUAACUAAAACUGGCGCCCACAAUGAUGUGUAUUGUUCCAGAGUGAAUAUCCGCUCCAGCAUCGAACAGUUGUCGCAUAAUUUACCCAGAAAACCUGUGCAGUGCUGUAGUCAGUUUGUUACUUUGUUACGGCACAAGUUUAAAUUUUCUAGUAUUGUAGUUAAUUUGAAAUAUUAUUUUGUUAAGACACAAGUUUAAAUUUUCUGAUAUAGAAUUGACUCAUCAGUUUUAAAACCCUCACUAUUAAUACAGUGUGUAUCUGUGUUUUGGGUAAAGAAUUGACCCCCCCCCCAAUCGAAAUAGACAUUGUUACUGACACCAAAGAUAAGUAGGACUGGAAGUCAGGUUCUGGCCACACAUCUCGAUAUAAAUUCAAACCAAAAGCUAAAGUUUAACUCGGCGUUCUCGAUUUUAGACUGUUGAUCCACUAUAAUGUCCAUUUUGAGGGGGGACCUAGAAGGUUGUGUAUUGAUGUGGCAUUGUAAUACAAUGGUUAGUAGCCAGUUUUAAUCUGGCAUAUUUUACUCAGAGUAAUACUUGACUGCUGUUUUUAUUCAGAGCGAAGAUAUGAAGCUAUAAUUUGAUUAUAAUGUCCAAUGUAGGUAAACCUCCCACAUUGUAACAUUUUCAUGAAAGGAACAGCUUGGCCUGUGCGUUUGUGAUGAAUUAUGAUAUAAAGCGGAAAGCUUUGCCGUAGGCUUGUGGACUGUUUCUCGUAUGACUCAAAACCAAAAUUAGGACUGAAGCUAUGGACUGAAGUUUCAAAACCAUAUUCUGGUAGGGUUGGUGGCUCAUUCUGGUAGAGAAAACAAUUUUACUUUGCGGCCGGUCCUAAAUAAAUACAAACUGACCGGCAGCUUGAUCACAACAAAGUUGAUUGCAACGCAGGUUGAUCACUACCUGCUCGAUAUGUUGGCGGUACCAUUUUCUCAACCUGCUCUCUGAUCGGUUCGUUUAUUUUGCAAAUAAAAAUCCAUUUUGAGUUUAAUCAUACUGAAGCUGGGUCGACUCCAUUGACCAAUAAACAAUUUAAUCAACAUAAGUAAAUGUUAAAAGGAAAAAUCACUCAUUGCAAAGACUUUGGUUAAUUAUGCUAAGUAUUAACCUGAGCACUAGUUUGAUCAUAUAAUUUUAACAUUUUUUUUUUCAAUUUUACUCAGAAUUUACUAUGAGGUAAAGCUUCAGAACCUAGAUGUUUUAUCUGCUGCCUUUGUAGAAGUAGGCAAUUGUGUUUAUCUUUAUACUCGGAACAGUUUUUCAUUCGUCGAUUAUUAGCAAAAAGAGUCAAAUAAAUUCGUGUUACCUUUUAGGUAUGCAAAGGAGA